AGUUGUAUUCUCAUUGCCUUUAUUCCUCAGAAUAAGAAAAAUCCACACUUCUCCAUCAUCUUCAUACCUCACACUCCCAACAAUGGAACAGAGAGCAUACAUAAGACUUCAUCCCUUCUCUUGUCUUCUUCUUCUUCUUCUUCUUCUUCUGUGUGUUUCAGGAUCUGUUGAAGCUUACAAAAACUACACAGUUGGUGAUUCCUUGGGUUGGUAUGACAAUUCUGAAAAGCCUACUGUUAAUUACCAGAAAUGGGCUGAUUCUAAGAACUUCAGCUUGGGAGAUUUCCUCAUUUUCAACACCAACAACAAUCAUUCAGUAGUUCAAACAUACAACUUGACGACAUACAAGCUCUGUGAUUACGACAACGCCUUAGAAAAUGAUACCAUAGAAUGGUCAGCUACUGAUCCUUCAAACACUGACACUCAAGGAGUCACCGUCGCUGUUCCUCUACUCAAGGAAGGAACCACUUAUUUCUUCUCCGGUGAUUAUGACGGCGACCAAUGCAAGAACGGUCAACACUUCCAAAUCAAUGUCACUCAUGGUCGAGGCUUGCCGGAAAGUCUCAAAAGUCCGUCGGAGCAGGCCCCUGCACCUAAUAGUCCUGAUGUCAACGGUGCUGAUUCUGCACCAGAAACAAUCGUACCUGCCAAUUUUGAUCAUCCUCAAGAUGUAAGCGAUGAUGAUAAGGUGGAGUCAGGUUCUAUUUCGUUAUAUUUGAGGUUCAUAAGCUUGAAGUUGAAUGGGAUUUUGGUUUUAUUUGGGAUUUUUUGCUUGUUUUGAUGGUUAUUGUUGCUGUGAGGUUUUAUAUUUAAAUUCAUUUUAUUUAUAUUUUCUUUUGUAUCUUAAUUAAUUAUUUACAAGUGAUUAUCAUCUUGUAUAAUAUUGCAUAUCAUAAUCAAUCUUACAGAGAUUUUUUUUUUGAAUUA